ACACCUCAAAGGCAGUGUGUCAUGUUGUUGAUGUUGUUGUUGUUGGUUCAAAGGGGUCCGAAGUAUGAAAAACACUGCGGUCAGAUGAGUGUUGUUUUCGGUUGAAAUCAUGGCGUCAACCUACGGCUCCACUGCAACUUCCCGCAUUCAACUGGCUCUUCAAAAUCCACUGCAGUAUAGAUGUGAAGAAAUCACAAGGAUUAUAGACGAACUUGGCACCAAAGAACUUCAAAAUGCCCUGCCUCUUCUCCUGGCGGACUUGUUUGGAGUUUCUCAUCAGGGUUCCAGUAACAUCACUAGUUCCACCGUUGGAGGCUGGGGCCUUCGAACUAGGACUCUUCUUCAACCCAAUGAAUUCACUGACUACAAUGUUUUGUAUCAGUUUCUACAUCCACAAGGGCCAUUGUUCAGACUCUUGUACAAGCUGCUUCAAGACUGUCAUCUCAAGUAUGAAUUCCCUCUUCACUGGUUGCCGGCUCGAAUCAAGCAUUUGAUUUUGAGAGGAAUGGUGCCACCAUUUUAUUUAGAUAAAUUGCAGUUUGACCCUCAAACAAAAACUCCAACAAGCCUUGCUCUCAAUUCUUUUGAACUCUACAUCUUUCACUUUGCUUAUCAUCUUGUGAACCCAGAGUUACAAAGAUUGCACAUGAAUGCCUGGCUUCACUCAGAAUCUCUAUACUUAAACAUGACGGAGGCUUAUCUGAGUGAACUGUUGCCUUGUGAUCGUUCUACAGUGCUCCCUUCAGUCCCUUUCAAUUUUGGAGUUCUUCAAAGUUAUAGUGCUUCCUUUGGGCCUUAUGGCACUUUGCAGCGAAUGCCUAACUUUCAGUCAUCUAGAUCAACACAUACUCCCCAGUUGUUGAGACAGUCAGUGAUUCAGCAAGGUAGCAGUACUGGAUCCUUACAUUCAUCGCCUGCUACUGCUGUUACAAGCACAAGGACAGAAAUAUGGCGCAGUGAGACUGUAGCACAAGUAUUUGUUGACUUCUGGCUAAGUCAUGGAGAAGGUGAAGUUGGACCAGUCUUCAGUGCAAGUGGAUCUCCUCAAAGACUAUAUCCUGUAGAUUACAACAUGUCUCAUCAUUAUUUUCAAACGGAGGAACUUCGAGUUUUUAAGUUACCUCUAAAAUACCCAGAAUUACUUCCCAGUGGAGAACAUAUUCGAGUUGUCCGUAACUUAAUAAAGCACUUGCACUACUUUUCAAACAGUGUCAUAGGAGAUCAAAGUGCUAUGGAUGAGUUAAGAAGGAUUAUUGGUCCAUCAAGUCAAGCAAAAAUAUAUGGAUUUUUGAGGCGAACAAUUCACCACUGGCCACUUGAUAGUUCAUUCCGGUUUAUCUUAGAAACCUGGCUCAGUUACAUCCAGCCUUGGAGAUACACAGAUCAUCGUUACCAGAAAAACUUAGCUGCUGGGAGGAGUUCUGCAGCGGAAGCAGAGGAAUUGGAAUCACGAAAUGGAAGAAACGGCUAUGAAAGACGUGAUGUUGAUCGAAGGUGGUUACCAUUCAUCGCUGAAAACUUACUUAGCUACACAGUAAUCUUUCAAGAAAUGAUACCCCGCUUCGCACGUCUUGAUCUCUCCACUCCAAAGAAUGCCAACAUGCUAUUCAGAGUCUCUAAAGUUUUCUCCCAACCCCAGCUGGCAGAAUUGUUGCAGGAAGUUGAGAGCUGUUUGGAUGAUUUGUUGGGUACUGUUAAUCACCAGAAGAGGUCAGCAUUUCCUACAGAUUCACUUCACCCAAGUUCAGAUCAAAGAUCUUGCUUAGCCGCCCACCAAGCCACUAAAUGGAGUGCUAUUGUGCGACAGCAAAUCCAAGAUCUUGAGUCACCUGGGUUUCAGUAUAAGCCGAUGUUUGGUGUGGAAGUGCGAUCUCAGGUUGUUGGUCUGAUGAUGAUUGUGCACCAAGCACAAGGAUCUGCAGUAGCUACCCAAAAGGCACUGGAGGAGGAAGCAGCUUUGCGCUCCCGAUCUAGAUCUUUCCUCUCUGCCAUAAAAGACAUUUUUCUCCUAUCUGAUACCGGAUCAAGUGACGAGUAUUCACCCGAAGAACGUCUUAAAGUCUUAACUUACCUUAAUACAGCAAUCGCCCAGUUUUCAGAAAUUUUCAAGGUCAGUGGAAAUGAACUCUCUAUAAAUAGUUUCUCAAUGAGUAAUCAGUCAGACAAUCACGCCACCUCGGAUGUCACUGAUUAUGGCACUCCAACUACCAGUAGAUCAGUUACAUUUAGGGGCACUCAAAAUCAGCAGAUGAGCAUCUCAUCUUUAGCUGGAGAGGCUUUAAAUUCAACGCCACAGCAGUGGAGGCAACGAAGUUUAAACAUUCAGUACGAUGGUGACCCAGAUGUCCUACCAAUUCGAAGUGAUGAAAGUGAAUUCCUUGUAAGAUUACUGCAUCAAGUAGCAUCUAGAUUAAAUGAAAUGUACUGCAGUGAAAUGGCCCGCCUCUAUCAUAGUGAUGGUGUCUGGGGUCGGGUGGCUCGCCAACUGUUAUCAGCCCCCAUGACUGUGUGGCGGUAUGAUAAGAGAUCGCCUGGAAGCUUUUCUCCGAGAGUCGGAUCAUCUCUCCCUCCCCGCCUUAGUUUGCGGCCUCUUGCUCGCCACCGAAACCUAGCUAUGCUUGCUGUUCUGUAUAUUGUGGCAUUGAUCUGUAGAGCCCCUCCCCUUCUGGUGUUGUUUUCAGCAAUCAUAUUCUGGGCUGUCUUAAUUACAGUGAGAGCAUUGAUUGAACCUCUGAACUCAGCAAGGCCUCCACCAUCUAGAUUUAAUAAUGAUAGGCUAAAUGACAGUCUUGCAGAUCAAUCAUUUUGAGCCGAACUUAAUUGUUGACUGGAAUUUUGUCCUAAUCUUCGAAAACAAUGCACUGUAGCAUGUAACUUUUCCUUUUUAAUAUAUUACUCAUCAUAGAGAAAGACAUUUUUAUAUCAAUUUUCAGUUGCAACAUUGGAGCAUUCCUAACGUGUAAAAAAUUAAGACUGUUUAUCAUUGUGUAUAGACUCUUAUCCUAAUAAUUUAUGUAUAUUUCUGUAACAAUUUAUAGUGUGAUGUCUAUCAAUAAAUUUUGUUCUAAUAUUAUUA